ACAUUGCAGAAAACAUUGGGAUGAGACUGAACGCGAAACGAAUACGCAGGUUUGUGAGGUUGAAGGAUGCGGACGUCCGGUCACAUCUGAGUAAAUGCGAGGUCGAUGGCUGCGAAAAACUAGCCCGUGGUACAAAAAGUGUGCACUGCAUGAGACAUUGGAAUGAAGGCGAACGCGAAAUGAAUAGGCAGAUUUGUGAGGUUAAAGGAUGCGAACGUGCAGCGCGAGGAACACAUAGUUUGCACUGCGGCCGACAUUGGAAUGAGGAUGAACGUAGGUUAAAUCUAAGGAAAUGUGAGGUUGAGGGUUGUGAAAACGGAAUCCAGGGCGCAAAGAGUGUGCAUUGUGUAAGACAUUGGAAUGAGGCUGAGCGACAAGAGAAUGUAAAGAAUUGCACAGUUGAAGGUUGCAGUAAUCGAGCACGUGGCCGACAUAGUAUACAUUGUGCAAGGCAUUGGAAUCGAAAAGAACGAGAAGACAACAAACCUAAAUGCUGUGAGGUCGAAGACUGUGGAAAGCGAGUUCAAGGUGCGGGGAGCAGACACUGCGUUGAGCACUGGGAUGAAACAGAGCGCGAAGCGAACCUGAGGAUUUGUGAAAAUGAAGGUUGUUGUAACCGAGUGCGUGGCAAAGAUAGCUUGCAUUGCAAGCAACAUUGGACUGAGGAAGAACGCGAGACAAAUGCCAAGAAGUGCGAGUUUCAAAACUGCAGUAGCCGACCGCGCGGAGUUGGCAUUCACUGUGCUAGGCAUUGGGAUGAAAAGGAACGCGCUGCUAAUAAGAAUUGCUGCGCAAUUGAAGGUUGCGAUAAACGAGCUUGGGGAAAAGAUAGUGUUCACUGCAAGCGACAUUUCACCGAUCGCGAAGUUCAUAUUUACUAUGCAACAUGCAGGAUGCCAGGAUGCGAAAAAAAAAAGGAAGGGAAAGCGAGCUUGCAUUGCAAACGUCAUUGGAAUGAUGAAGAAAGAUUUGUUAACUCGCGGAUAUGAACCAAUCUUUAUUUUUUUUGACGAAUUCGAGGAAGUAUCUGUCCCGAAGCUUAAAUGAUGGAGUUGAAAAUAUAGCCAAAAAAUUGAAU